AUGACGACGACGGCGACGCCACAUUGGCCUGACUUCUCCUCCCAGAAACUUCCUUCCAUCGCCGCAACCGCCGCGGCCACAGCGGCAACCGCCGGACAGCAAAAUCCUUCAUGGAUGGAUGAGUUUCUCGAUUUCUCGGCGACUCGCCGUGGGACACACCGUCGUUCGAUCAGCGACUCGAUCGCUUUCCUCGAAGCACCUUCCUCCGGUGUCGGAAACCAUCACUUCGACAGGUUCGACGACGAGCAAUUCAUGUCCAUGUUCAACGACGACGUUCACCAAAACCACAACAACAGCAACAACAGCCACAACCAUCACAGCAAUGUGGGUCCCACGCGUUCUUCUUCCAACACCUCUACGCCGUCUGAUCACAACAGCCUCACCGACGACGACGACAACAAAGAACAACCACCGUCCGAUCAUAAUAACCACAUGGACACCACAGCCAAUCACAACAACAACAACGCCGCCGGUAACAAUUACAAUGAAACUGACGAGGUUCAAAGUCAAUGCAAGACGGAGCCACAGGAUGGUCCGUCCGCAAAUCAAAACUCCGGUGGAAGCUCCGGUAAUCGGAUUCACGAUCCCAAAAGGGUAAAAAGAAUUUUAGCAAAUAGGCAAUCAGCACAGAGAUCAAGGGUGAGGAAGCUGCAAUACAUAUCAGAGCUCGAACGGAGCGUUACUUCAUUGCAGACGGAAGUGUCAGUGUUAUCGCCAAGAGUUGCGUUUUUGGAUCAUCAACGAUUGCUUCUCAACGUCGACAAUAGUGCGAUCAAGCAACGAAUCGCCGCUUUAGCUCAAGACAAGAUUUUCAAAGACGCUCAUCAAGAAGCAUUGAAGAGAGAAAUAGAGAGACUUCGACAGGUAUAUCAUCAGCAAAGCCUCAAGAAGAUGGAGAAUAAUAAUGUCUCCGAUCAAUCUCCGGCCGAUAUCAAGCCGUCUGUUGAGAAAGAGCAGCUCCUCAAUGCAUAA